AUGGAAGAUAUUAAAUCCCUGAAAGAAGAGGGACUUGCCGAGUACAAGGACGGCAACUACCAAGCAGCAGCCCGUUAUUGGCGAGAAGCCGUCGAGAUGCUCAGCGAUAUCGCUGAUGCUGAUGAUGAGGCCGCUGGAGCAAUGGCUUCACUUGACUGGGAGCUCGAGCGUUCAUUAUAUCUCAACCUCGGCAUGGCACAUUUGAAGUGCCAUGAGCCUCGGGAAGCUCUGCGAGCGCUUAAAUGCAUCUUACUAAGUGGCGAGGACGAGCCUGAGAUCAUGCUGAAAACUCUAUAUCGGAUGGGCCUCUGUCAUAAGGAGCUCCGCGAAUGGGAUGAAUUAGAAUGCGAUGCCAAAGGAAUGCUUGAAGUGGACAGUAAAAGCGUAUUGGCUGAGAGGUUGCUCCAGGAGGCAGCAGUAAGAUAA